AUGGAUUUGACUAAUAUGGGUAUGAUACAGUUACAGAAUCCCAAUCACCCUGCAGGUCUUCUGCUCAAAGCCAACCAAAUGCGGCUUGCAGGAACCCUGUGUGAUGUGGUGAUAAUGGUGGACACUCAAGAAUUUCAUGCCCAUAGGACCGUUUUGGCUUGUACUAGUAAGAUGUUUGAGAUCCUCUUCCACCGAAGUAGUCAGCAUUACACAUUGGACUUUCUGUCACCAAAGACCUUUCAGCAGAUUCUGGAGUAUGCUUACACAGCUACACUACAAGCUAAGGUUGAAGACUUGGACGAUCUAUUGUAUGCAGCAGAAAUACUAGAAAUAGAGUAUUUGGAGGAGCAAUGCCUGAAGAUUUUAGAGACUAUUCAAACUUCUGAAGAAAAUGAUGGAGAGCUCUGUCCAGGAGAUAGGGCCAUGGAAGAUGAGGAAGAACGGAAAACUAGGUUUAUCAAAAACAUGUUGACUACAAAGCAUUCCAGUGAAGAGAGUGGCUAUGCCAGUAUAGGAAACCAGAGCCUGGUGGACCAGAGUCCAUCAGUGUCAACAUCAUAUGGACUUUCGGGCAUGAGUCCCACUAAGACUGCUGUUGAUAGCCUGAUGACUAUUGGUCAGUCAUUGCUCCAAGGAGCACUGCAACAAAAUGCACUAGACUUGCACUCCACCAGUAGACUUAAGAGCGUUUCAGAGGUGAAGACAGAAGUCAUGCAGGUUGAUGAUGUCUCUAACCAAGACAGCCCAACUGUAGAGUCCAGUGCUUCUUCUGGGGACAAAUCUGAUGAAAAGAGCAAAGAAAGUCCAGGAACUCCAACCCGUAGUAGUGUUAUUACUAGCGCUCGAGAUCUUAACUUUAAUCGUGAUGAAAAUGCUGCUGAUCAGCCCCUUGAGUUGGGCCCAGGCUUUCACGGUGGUACUGAGCAUGCAAUGUCCCAUGCUGAGAAACAUCUCAGUGUCUACUCCGUCCUCCCUAACCACAAAGGUGAAUCCAUGAUCAGUGUGCCAACCUCUAUGGCAUCUGCUCUUCACAUGCAGCCAGCUUUAGCAGUUUCAAUGGACUUCAGUGCAUAUGGUGGACUUCUCCCACAAGGCUUCAUUCAGAGGGAGUUGUUCAGUAAACUUGGUGAGAUUGCAGCUGGAAUGAAGAACGAUGGUAGAAACCUAAGUGAGCGUUGCAGUGUAUGCGGGGCAAACCUUCCAGAUAAUGAUUCUGUGGAACAUCACAGGAAGUUGCACAGUGGGAUGAAGACGUAUGGCUGCGAACUCUGUGGGAAAAGGUUCCUUGACAGUUUAAGACUUCGUAUGCACUUGCUGGCUCAUUCAGCUGGAUCCAAGGCAUUUGUAUGUGAGCAAUGUGGUGCACAAUUCUCUAAAGAAGAUGCUUAUGAAGCUCAUCGACAGACGCAUACAGGUUCCGACAUGGCUGUAUUCUGCCUUCUUUGUGGGAAGCGUUUUCAGACUCAAACUGCCCUGCAGCAACACAUGGAGGUACACGCAGGUGUAAGGAGCUAUAUCUGUAGUGAAUGCAACAGGACCUUUCCCAGCCACACUGCACUGAAACGCCACCUUCGCUCACACACAGGUGACCACCCAUAUGAGUGUGAAUUUUGUGGCAGCUGUUUUCGAGAUGAGAGUACUUUGAAGGGCCACAAGCGCAUCCACACAGGGGAGAAACCAUAUGAGUGUAACGGCUGUGGGAAGAAAUUCAGCCUCAAACAUCAGCUGGAAACACACUAUAGGGUUCAUACAGGUGAGAAGCCUUUUGAGUGCAAGCUUUGCCACCAGCGUUCUCGAGAUUACUCUGCCAUGAUUAAGCAUCUCCGUACCCACAAUGGAGCCUCUCCUUAUCAAUGUACCAUCUGCUCGGAAUACUGCCCAAGCUUAUCUGCCAUGCAGAAGCACAUGAAAAGUCACAAGCCUGAAGAUAUCCCUGCUGACUGGAGAAUUGAGAAGACCUACUUAUACCUGUGUUAUGUGUAACUGAUCAGUCAAGAUUGUCAAGGGGUUGAGGGACAAAGGUUAUGUUAUGUUUGGCCAAGCAAUAUGAAGAAUAUCUAGAAAAGAAACUUGCUGAUGAGCAAACAAA